CCAGUGUCAGUGCCUGGUACUUUGAAGAUGAUCAACCCUCAGAUAUACCUCCACUAUAACUACACAGGGAAGCUGGACCACCGGCCCAGCACUGGCACAAGCAGCGGCACUUUGAACACCAAAACCAUCGUGUUCCUCGUCAUAUGCAGCUUCAUCGCCUUGGAGAACCUCACGGUGCUGAUUGCCAUCUGGAAAAAUCACAGGUUCCACAAUCGCAUGUACUUCUUCAUCGGUAACUUGGCGCUAUGUGACCUGCUAGCCGGAGUGGCCUACCUGGUCAACCUGCUCCUCUCAGGGGAGAAGACCCUCCAGCUGUCCCCUGCUCUCUGGUUUGUCAGAGAGGGGAGCAUGUUUGUAGCACUUGGGGCAUCCAUUUUUAGUCUCCUAGCUAUUGCUAUAGAGAGACAUCUGACUAUGAUCAAAAUGAGGCCUUAUGAUGCCAAUAAGAACUACAGGGUGUUUCUGCUCAUAGGGACCUGCUGGCUGAUCGCUAUAUCUCUUGGGGCUUUGCCUAUCCUGGGCUGGAACUGCCUGGACAACCUUCCUGACUGCUCCACUGUCCUCCCCCUCUACACCAAGAAAUAUGUGGCUUUCUGUAUUAUCGUUUUCAUGGCUUUGCUCUUAGCCAUCUCCGUCCUUUAUAUCCGCAUCUACAUCCUGGUUAAGUCCAGCAGCCGAAAGGUGAGCAAGCACAGCAACUCGGAGCAUGCCAUGUCCCUGCUGCGCACCGUCAUCAUCGUGGUUGGGGUAUUUAUUGCUUGCUGGACGCCCAUCUUUGUCCUGCUCCUGGUGGAUGUGGCCUGUGAGCAGCGCCGGCGCUGCUCCAUCCUCUACAAGGCUGACUGGUUUAUCGCGCUGGCCGUGCUCAACUCGGCUAUGAACCCAAUCAUAUACACUCUUGCCAGUCGAGAGAUGAGACGGGCUUUCCUGGGCCUGGUGUGCGGCUCUUUGUACAAGGGGAAGGCUUCCAUCAACGGCAGCGGGGCUAGACCGUCUCUGGAGCCCAGCCGCAGCAGAAGCAAGUCCUGGAGUAGCCAGAACAACCCCAAUCAGAACCAGCCGAGCUCCAGGCAGGCCGAGCUGCAGCAGGAGCAAGAGACAGACAUGGUCGAGGGCAGAGUGACAGUAGUGACAGGAGUUGGCAGGAGUGCCGCUGAGGCUACCCUAGAGACUGACAGAAAGGACUGA